AUGAAGUUUGGAAAGUCGUUUCCUAGAUAUCAGGUUCCUUCAUGGUCUUCAAAAUAUAUAAAUUAUAAACUUUUAAAGAGGAAGAUUAAAAAGGUAGAAGAAGAACAGGAUUUGCUAUUUGCGGAAGAGAAUGGUUUAAAAAGAAAUAACGACGGUGACUCAAUAGGGAAGUCCUUACCUCGUAUUAACACUAGGCGAAAUCCUACAGACGUUAAUCAUUACUAUUUGAAUAAUAAGAAGGUAAAACAAUUAAUUUCCGAAUUUAAUGAAUCUUUGAAUAUAUCUAUUAAAAAAGUUGAAGAUUUUUAUAAUGUAAAAACUGCUGAGUAUGAAGCAAGAUUAGUUAAACUUUUAACUUCAAAACAAUUUAGAAUUAUUGAUACAUUAUUCAAAGAAUAUAAUGAACGGGGUGAAGAGUUAACUAUUGAUAAAGCGGAUCUUCCACAAUAUCUAAUCGACGAUUUAAAGGAAAUUAAAACACAACUAGUAAGGUUGAUUGGUCAUUUCCAAGAUUUAAAGUCAUUUUGUGAAAUGAAUAAAAAAGCAUGUUAUAAAAUACUUAAGAAAGCUGAUAAAAAAUUAAGAGUACUUGAUAGAGAUAAAUACUACGAUGAACAAAUUCGCUCAUUAAAUUUUGAAUCGUAUGUCACCAUCAGAGAUGGAAUAUCAAAAAUUGAACGUAUUAUGAAAUCAUUGGUGCCUUUAUUACUCGAUCUGGAAAAGAAUUCGAUAACGGAAGUGUCAACUAUCUUUAACGAAGGUUCAGAAACUGAGAGAAAUAAUACUCCCAAACCAAUUAAACUAAAUUCUAAUGUCAUUGGACAUGGUGACGUGUUAAAUGCUAUCAAAUCUGAUGAUCAAGAAGAACUAUUGAUAUUAUUGAAUGCUGAAUAUGGUACUAUUGAAAAUAUCCCCAUUAGAUAUUUUUUAAAUUUACUAAAUACAUCAGCAAUAUUUCUAGCUUUCAACUGUAUGAAGACAAUUUUGCAAAAUAUUUCAUCAUUGGAGGAUGAUUCAGAUAUAAACAAUAGAAACUUCUUUCAUUAUCACAUAAUCAGUUUAGGAGAGAACUCACAUUUGAUGAAUGAGUUCACACAAGGUAUGAGUCUCUACAGAGCUUCCUCAAACGAAGAGACGAAGAAUUAUUUGUUGACGAAAGAAGUUUCAAGAACUUUUGACACUGAAUCUUUACAAGAUUCUAGUUCAAAAAUAUCUAUUGCAUUGCUAUAUAUAUUGGAUAACCUACCAGAAAAAUUUAGAUCACUCCUAUCUAAUAGAGAUGUAUAUGGUAAGACACCAUUACAUUAUUCAGCAGAGUUUGGUAUAGCAGAGUUUAUUGACAAUAUCAUUCUGAAGCUUCAAAAAUGGAGCAUUUGGAAUGAAUCUUAUUCUAUAGAUGAUAGCAGGUACUGGUCCGACGUCGAUAACCAUACACCAAUGCAUUUGGCAGUUCUAGGGGAUCAUCCUUUAACUGUCACAAAAUUAUUGCCAUACGUUUUGAAAGAUUCUUGUGAUGAUACAAUCAUUUACCUCUGUAUUAAAGCAAAUCUUUUGGAAGUUUUACGCGCAUUGUUUUCUAUGAACUGUUACAAUAUAGAUGUUACAAAUGAUGAGAGUGGGGAAACUGCCUUAUAUUUGGCUUCAAAGUUGAAUAACUUUGAGAUUGCUAAAGUUUUAUUACAGAAUGGUGCAUCGACUGAAGUUCCUGAAAAGCUGUUUAGCUGGACACCUUUGUUUAUUGCAGCAGUAGAAAAUAACUUAGAGAUCGCAAAGUUGCUUAUAGAAUAUGGUGCACAUGUUUAUGUAUUUGAUGAAAGUGGAUGGACACCAUUAGAGCAAGCAGUUUUGCAUGGAAAUUUGGAACUUGCCGAUUACUUAAAAUUAGAUGGUUAUGAUAACAUCAUGAAACCAGAAUUUGGUGCAAAUAUUCGAGACAAGUUAAAUGAAGGGAUAUAUAAUACAUUACAAGAUAAUGCCAUUUUAAACAAUAAUACAAGUCUUAAUGAAGUAGAUAACAGUGGUUUAAUUAUAACUGAAGAAGUUGAAGAAAACAAAGAAAUUGGGCAUAUGUAUCUUCAUAAUGAUGAGUCAGUAUUACUAAUUACACUUGGUAGUAAUGAUUCACGUAUCGAUACCCCCGCAGUUAAUUUAAAUCAAGAAGCCAUAACCAAAUUUGUCCCUGAAUUUUUAAAAAAUAAAUUCACCUUAGAAAUUAGAUGUAAUAAUGCAAAAGGCAAAAAAUCAGAAAAAAUUGACUUGCCAAUAGAAUUUGGAUCAGGUGCAAUCAAAUUUAACGUUCCAUAUAGUGACGAUAAUUCCCAAAGCUUAUAUUUUGACCUUCUUUUGAAUGAUGUAACUAGUGAUGAACAACAAAUACAAGAUGAUAAAUCAGUCACUCAAGGGAAGAGGGAUUUCAACCCUGAUUCUAUUUCUAACGAUUGUAUAGUUGGAAGAGGUAUAUCUUUUCUAAAGAGAAACGCUACUUUUGUUGGCGUAAAUAAAUGUUCUCUUUAUGAAAAAGAGACUAUACCUAUUCUUGCCAAAAAUUCAUUAGAAUUACUUGGUCAUAUUAUCUUCGAAUAUAUGACGGUUAACCCUUUCCAUCAUCCAAACAUGUUAUUUAGAAAAACAGAGAGAUAUUGGAAGUCGUUGAUUUCAACAAGAGUGAUUGGACACCGUGGGCUUGGGAAAAAUGUUAAUACAAAUAAGACUUUACAAUUAGGAGAAAAUACAGUUGAAUCUUUCAUUGCGGCAUCAUCUUUGGGUGCUUCUUAUGUUGAAUUUGAUGUACAAUUGACGAAAGAUAACAUACCAGUUAUUUAUCAUGACUUUUUAGUUUCGGAGACAGGUGUUGAUAUACCAAUGCACGAGUUAACUUUAGAGCAAUUCAUGGAUCUGAAUAACGUUCAAAAACAUAUAUCUGAUAACAGUAAGGCUGGUAGGAGAAACUCCGUUGGACCUACGAAUUUUGACGUCAGUAAACCGUGGGAUAUUGAAUUAGAUUCCAAUGGUGAAAAACCCAACGAUACAAUGAAAAAUAGUAAUGUGUAUAGGAGUUUUAGUCAUAAUCAUGACUUCGUUGAUUCUGAAAAAUAUACUGAUAGAAUGAAACUUACAAAAACUUUUAAAAAAAUAAACUUCAAAGGGAAUACAAGAGGUUCUUCAAUUGCUUCAUCUUUUGUUACACUAGAAGAAUUAUUCCAGAAGUUACAUAAAAAAGUUGGUUUUAAUAUUGAGUGCAAAUAUCCUAUGGUAGAUGAAGCCGAGGAAGAAGAUACUGGUAGUAUUAUGAUUGAAAUGAACCACUGGGUUGACACAGUUUUGAAAGUUGUCUUCGAAAAUAAUAAACAUGGAAGAGAUAUCAUAUUUUCCUCGUUUCAUCCGGAUAUUUGUAUCAUGUUAUCUCUCAAACAACCAAGUAUACCAAUUUUAUUUUUAACAGAAAGUGGUGUGAUGAAGAUGGCUGAUGCCAGAGCCUCCUCUUUACAAGGUGCCAUUAAAUUUGCUAGAGAAUGGGAUUUAUUAGGAUUAGUAAGUAAUGUCAUUCCUAUUCUUAAAGCUCCACGACUGGCAAAAAUCGUGAAAAACAAUGGCUUAGUAUUUGUAACUUAUGGCGUUGAAAAUAAUGGGCCUGAAAAUGUAGUUCUUGAAUUGAAUGCGGGAGUUGAUGCGGUUAUUGUUGAUAGUGUCCUAGCCAUUAGGAAAGGAUUAACUAGAGAAUAUGAGAAGGGUAAUAAAUAA